GCAUGUGCAUUUGUACGCGCGAGGCUCGAGACUCCUUUGGCGUGGGACCUAGGAGGUGCGUCAGAGCUGUGCGCCUGCGCAGCCGCAAAGGGAGGCGGGAGGAAGCGAAUGCGUUUUCCUCUUCGGCAGCGCCAUUUUGUAUUCCCUCCGAGCCGCCACAGCUGGUGCCAGCGAGUGGAGGGGGUUCCGGAGCGAGUUGGGAAGUCGCGGAAGCGAGGAUGGCGGAACCCGGGACCGGGUCGGGCGACCCCGCCUUUGGUCCUGGCGCCUCGGAGAGUGGGACGCGGCGGCUCAGCGACCUGCGAGUGAUCGACCUGAGGGCGGAGCUGAAGAAGCGGAACCUGGAUACGGGAGGCAACAAGAGCGUGCUGAUGGAGCGGCUGAGGAAGGCAUUUAAGGAGGAAGGACAAGAACCUGAGGAGAUUGGAAUCAGCUGGGGAGCUGCGAGCAAGAGGGCUGUAAAAAGAAACACCAAAGGAUCCAAGAUGGAGGAGGAGGGCAGCGAGGACAACGGCCUGGAGGAAGAUUCCAGAUAUGGGCAGGAUGGGGUUGUGAUUCUUCAGAGUUCACAAGACAGGGACACCAUGGAUACAGGUGUGCCAGAUGGGAUGGAGGCUGAGGACCUCAGUGUGCCCUGCCUGGGGAAGGCCAACACCGUCAACCAGAUUCUUCAUGCUUUUGAUGACAGUAAAGAGUACGUGGCCGCGCAGCUGGGACAGCUUCCAGCUCAGCUCCUGAAGCAUGCUGUGGAUGAGGAGGUCUUCAAGAACAGUCUGGAAGCUUCUGUGUCAGAUCUUAAAGUAACUCUGGCUGAUGAAGAAGCCCCCAUGGAACCAGAAAAUGAGAAAAUACUCGACAUUUUGGGGGAAACUUGUAAAUCUGAGCCAGUAAAAGAAGAAGGUUCGGAGCUGGAGCAGCCCUUUGCCCAGGCCACGAGUAGCGUGGGGCCAGACAGGAAGCUGGCGGAAGAAGAGGACCUAUUUGAGAGUUGCAGCCACCCGGAAGAGGAAGAGGAAGAAGAGCAGGAAGAGGAGCAGGAAGAGGAGCAGGAAGAGGAGGGAGAUUUAGCUUUGGCCAGCAGCAGCAAGUCUGAGUCUCCAAGCACUCAGUGUCAGUGGAGCGAGGCAGACGCCCCGUUAGCAGUAGUGAAAAGGGAGCUGGCAGAUGCGCCGGGUGGAGGUGGAGGUACUCUGCACAGGCGGAAGCGCAAGCGAAGGCGGAAGCUUCAGGCGCAGGCAGAAGCCCUGGGCACAGGUGGAGGUGCCGGGAUGAACUGCGAGCCUGUAGGGCAAGAGGAGCCAGUUGAACAGAGUAGCACGGCUGCCCAGCUCCCGGAGGCCACCAGCCAGGAGCUGGUGCGAGCGCCCACGGCAGCCCUGAGCCCUGAGCCCCAAGAUAGCAAAGACGACGUGAAGAAGUUUGCUUUUGACGCUUGUAAUGACGUCCCUGCGCCUCCUAAAGAGUCCUCAGCCAGUGAGGGCGCUGAUCAGAAAAUGAGCUCUGUUAAGGAAGAACAAGAUAUAAAGCCAGUCAUUAAAGAUGAAAAAGGCCGUGCCAGCUGUAGCUCAGGAAGGAACCUGUGGGUCAGUGGGCUGUCCUCCAGCACCCGUGCUGCUGACCUCAAGAGCCUCUUCAGCAAGCAUGGGAAGGUCAUCGGAGCCAAGGUGGUCACCAAUGCCCGCAGUCCUGGGGCUCGGUGCUAUGGAUUUGUGACCAUGUCCACGUCAGAUGAGGCCACCAAAUGCAUCAGCCACCUACACAGAACUGAACUACAUGGGAGGAUGAUCUCUGUGGAGAAGGCCAAGAAUGAACCCUCUGAGAAGAAGUCGUCAGACAGGAGAGCGUGUGACCAAAAGGAGAAGGUGCCAGGGCCGGACAGGCCUCACCCUGUGAAGAUCAAGACGGAGAAAACUGUGAUCAAGAAGGAAGAAAAACUGGAAAGAAAGGAGGAGAAAGGGCCAGAAGAUAUUAAAAAGGAGAAGGAUCAAGAUGAACUCACACCAGGAGCUGCUGGUCAUUCUCGAGUCACCAAAUCAGGAAGCAGAGGCAUGGAGCGUACAGUCGUGAUGGACAAGUCCAAGGGCGAGCCCGUCAUCAGUGUGAAGGCCACAAGCAGGUCAAAGGACAGACAGAGCUCCAAAAGUCAAGACCGAAAGUCAGAGGGCAGGGAGAAGAGAGACAUACUGUCAUUCGACAAGAUCAAGGAGCAGCGGGAGAGGGAGCGUCAGAGGCAGAGGGAGCGUGAAAUCCGGGAGACAGAGCGAAGACGGGAGCGGGAGCAGCGAGAGCGGGAGCAGCGUCUGGAUGCCUUCCAGGAGCGACGGGAAAAGGCUCGCUUGCAGCGAGAACGGAUGCAGCUCCAGUGCCAGCGGCAGCGGUUGGAGAGGGAGAGGCUGGAGAGGGAGAGGCUGGAGCGGGAGCGCAUGAGAGUGGAGCGUGAAAGGCGCAAGGAACAGCAGCGCAUUAUGCGUGAGCGGGAGGAGCUGCGGCGGCAGCAAGAGCAGCUGCGUGCUGAGCAGGAACGGCGGGCACUGCGCAGACCCUAUGACCUGGAUGCUAGGAGAGACGAUGGCUACUGGCCAGAAGGGAAGCGUGCAGCCUUGGAAGACAGAUACCGAGACUUUCCACGGCCAGAUCACCGCUUCCAUGACUUUGAUCACCGGGAUCGUGGCCAUUACCAGGAGCAUGUCAUAGACAGGCGGGAUGGGUCCAGAACCAGAGUGGAGGAGCGGGAUGGGCAGUACUACCCAGACGACCAGCACAGCCAUGGAAGGCUCCUAGAGCACCAUGCUUGGGAUUCCGGAGACGGCUGGCAUGGCUACAGCUCUGACAAGAAGUUGAAUGAAGGCCAAGGGCUACCCCCUCCCCCCAGGGUCAACCGAGAGUGGGCAGAGCACAGCUCACAGUUGGAGGAGCAGCAGGUUCCUGUCUGGCACAGUGCUGUGGACACAAACAUGACGGGCCAUGAACACAUACGGUGGCGAGGUGCUGAGCGGGGCCUUGCAGGAGGACCUGGGCAUGGGCAUGUGGCAGCAGGCCGGGGUGGCAUGGCUGGGCAAGGCAGCUUUGCACACGGUGGACAUUCCCAGGGCUAUAUUGUGCCCAGUGGUAGACUGGAAGGUGGUGGCAUGGCCAGCCAGGACCAGGGUGGCCGAGUUCCCAACCCCCACCCUCACCCCCACUUCACCCGCCGCUACUGAACUGCUCUGGACCAAACCCUGCUGCUGCAAGUAGGCAGAGACUGCAACUCCAGCCACCUCCCACUGUGGUACCACUAGCAGUCACAGGCUCUGCCAAGUGUCGAUGUGAACUCACUCUCCUAGUGUUUUUAAUAAACACAGUCCUGUUCUGCUGUUUGUAAGACAA